AUGCUCCGAGAACACAGUCACCACCUCACUCAUACUGCUCCCUCCGCUGCACCCCUCUCUCACCCCACAGCCGUCGACCCGCCGAGACCAUACACGCCAAGUACACUCGAGUUCGGCCUCAACCCUCAACCAACCCGGCAGACCUCUGUGAACCCAUACUCUGGACUCGGCAUACAGCCCCGGACUCCUGGAAGUGAUGGAAAUGCUGAGGGACAAGGAGAGAGAAAGAGGAGAAAGUCGGUGUUUAGUAGUCUCAAGUUGAAGAAGCGUAUCACUCGACUCGUUUGGCCCUUUAUACCGUCACACAAGGGCCCUCAGCCACACCUCAAGGCUACAAAGUCGGAUACCGCCCUUCCCCGCCGCCCCAUCAUCUCCAGUCCCACCCUCGCCAAGACCGACACCUUUACCAACCCUCGCCCGCACCUCCCGCGCAUCAACACUCACCAGCCUACUAGAAGCCGGGACCACAAUGCUUUGCUCUCGCCCGAGGAUACCGUACCCACCGGACAUGCAAGAGAUCGAAGAGGUGAAGAGGCAGACAAAAAGAAGAUGGUUGAGGAUAGAAGGCGCAGGAUGGAGAGAAGGGCGAGUUGGCCACUGAUGGGUCCUCGGCACAGGGAGCUUCCUCUCGGGCAUGACCACUCUGAAGACCAUCCGGGAAUUCAAAGGCUGGUAGCGAGUAUCUACGAGGACCCCAUCAGCGCGCAAGACCCCAGCGCCGACCUCAAACGGCUCAAGCAGGCUCUGGAUCGUGACAUUGGUUUCACCUUCAACGUCCCCUCGCUGAGCGUCGCUUCCAGAAACCGUGCUCCCCCUGCGCCCAAAUCCCCGGCGGGCAAGCACAGAUCCCAUACUCUCCGACUGAAGCACCGCACCUCCAGAACCCAAAUCAAGUCCGGUCGCAGUUCGCUUGUCUUGUCGCCCGAGGCGCAAGAAGCCCUCCAACGCCAGCUCGCAAGGCUUGAAAUCCGGGACGAAGCGCUUACCAAAUCCGCUCGAAGACUGUCUGCGAUGGACAAGAUGGUGCUUCAAGGCCGGGGUCCCGCCAGGCAUCCGCAAGCCCGUCCGGGUCUUGGGAGACAAUACUCUUACGUCUCUUUCCAAGACGAAGACGGCGAGUGUCGAGUCACCCGAGUACCUGCCGCUGGAAGUCUCUCGCCUGCCUCAGGCGACAUGUCACCUUCGCCCAUUUCACCCAGUACAGCUUACUCUGCCAAGGCCAGUAAUCAGAGCUCGGGAAUAGGCAUGGCGGCGGGUUUGCCGAUGACAGAGGGUGGGAGGAAGAAUAGGAUGUCGAUGCCGGUGAUGCGUCGGGCGAGCAAGGCCGGUGUGAGAGGAGCAAGUGUCAAAGUAUUCGCCAAACCCACUUCCUCCACCCCAUCGGGAUCAGUUACCGACAUGUGGGAUGGUAAUCCUCCCAGCCCUCCUCCUUUCAUUCAAGCUCCUACCCCGCGCGUCGCGCCAAUGCCUCGCCCCAGACAGAACGGCGCGCCACUCUACAACCCGACGAACCUGUCUCCGAAUAGCAAGCGGGUCAAUCAAGGGAGGGCCAUGGCGCCCAAGGGAUACAGCUCGCAGGCGAGGGUGGAGUAUAGCAGGCCUGGCACGGCAACUCUGGCGGUGGAUCAGCAGGCGCCGAUGUACUCGCUUUACGCAAAGUUUUGA